AAAUAUGAGGCUACCAACUGGUGUAAAUGGGCAUAAAGUUCUAGUGGAGCGUUUCUGCUUCUUAAUACUAAAAACUAGUAGUGCUAUUGAAGUUCGAGAUCAAUUUAAGGCACAAUAUGUACUUUAUGGCAAAAUACACUUCAUUGUUUAAGAAUAUCCUGUUUUGUCAUGGUGAAAUAGUAAUUGCAUGUGUGUUGUGGGAGUACAGGCAAGGAGAUGGUGGAUUAUAUUCGGCGAUAUCUGACUGAGAUCCGCGAGAGGCGUGUGAUUCCGGACGUUCAGCCGGGUUACAUGCGGACCCUGAUGCCCGAGAGUGCACCCAGUGAUCCUGAGCCAUGGGACUCUAUCCUGCAGGACGUGGAGAGUGUCAUCAUGCCUGGGGUGGUCCACUGGCAGAGCCCUCACAUGCAUGCAUAUUUCCCAGCACUGAACUCAUGGCCAUCUCUGUUGGGAGACAUGCUGGCUGAUGCCAUCAACUGCCUUGGUUUCACCUGGGCAUCAAGUCCAGCUUGUACAGAGCUGGAAAUGUGUGUGAUGGACUGGCUGUGUAAAGCUCUUGGCUUGCCAGAUCAUUUUCUGCACCAUCACCCAGAGAGUCGUGGAGGGGGAUACUACAGCACUGUGAGUGAGUGCACACUAGUUGCUCUGCUGGCUGCCCGAAAAGACAAAAUUCUACAACUAAAGAGCAAAGAAUCAUCCACAGACCCCCACGCAGACACAUCUGAAGAUACUCUCACAGACAUGGAUGAAUCCAUACUGAACUCCACACUUAUUGCCUAUGCCUCUGACCAGGCUCACUCCUCUGUGGAGAAGGCUGGGUUAAUCUCACUAGUGAAGAUCAGGUUCCUGGAAACAGAUGAGAAGUUCUCCCUACGUGGCGAAACACUUGAGAGAGCCAUCCAGGAGGACAGAAGGAGGGGUUUACUGCCUGUUAUGCUCUGUGCUACCUUGGGCUCUACGGGUGUGUGUUCCUUUGACUGUCUAGACGAGCUGGGACCCAUAUGUGCUCGAGAGGGUCUCUGGCUACACGUGGAUGCUGCCUAUGCAGGCUCUGCUUUUCUGUGUCCAGAGCUGCGACACUUCCUGUCUGGGAUGGAAUAUGCAGACUCGUUUGUUUUCAACCCCUCCAAGUGGAUGAUGGUGCAUUUCGACUGCACUGCCUUUUGGGUGAAAGAUAAGUUUAAACUCCAGCAGACAUUCAAUGUUGAUCCUCUGUACCUGAGACAUGAUAACUCAGGAGCUACAGAUUUUAUGCACUGGCAGAUCCCGCUGAGUCGCCGGUUCCGCUCGCUGAAGCUGUGGUUCGUGAUGCGCUCCUUUGGCCUGAGGAAGUUGCAAGAUCACAUCCGGCAUGGUGUGGAGAUGGCCAAACUGUUCGAGUCACUGGUCAGGAGCGAUUCAAACUUCCAGAUCCCAGCAGAGAGACACCUGGGACUUGUAGUCUUCUGCCUGGUGGGGGGAAACGGCCUGACUCAGGAGCUGCUGAGGAGGUUGACCCAGUCUGGCUGCAUGUUCCUGAUCCCAGCUGCCAUUGGCACCAAGCUCAUUAUCCGCUUCACCGUGAUCCAGUUCACUAAAGUUGAGGACAUCCAACGGGACUGGGACCUGAUCCAGCGUACGGCCGCAGAGCUUCUGCAGCCGGGCCUCUGUAUCCGCCUUCUCUCCCUGGCCCUGGAGAACCAUGUUACUGCUGACACAACCAACGCCGACACAGAGCAAGAAACGCUGUGGCUGGAGCAGGAAGUGGGGAACCUUGAUGCCCAGUCAGCUGAGGGCACGGUGAGAAUGGAGCCAAUGAUAGACAAACAUUUGGUGCAUCAGGGCCAGAGGCGAGCCAUCCGUUCGAUGAGCUGCAGUGCUGAACUCCCGCCUACCAGGCCUGAACCGGCCUCCGUUCUAAAGGAGGCUCCUCCGUCUAGCACCCUGGCACAGAUCCCAGAGAGUCCUGUGGAGGGGCGACGAGGACAUAAGCGUUUGCUGAAGUUUAACAGUGUGCCAAGCCUAUCCCAGGGCUGGGCCCAGUGCGCCAUGCAGCAGAUCUACCGGCCCUUCCAGCGGCCCUGGAUCACCAGCAGAGCAAGCUGCUUCAACUGCUUCCCUCUCACACAACCCAGCCCCCUGCCCACCAAGUAGCGCGCACGCACACAGCCCAGUCCCCUGCCCACUAAGCACAUGCACACCCACACACCCACACC